AUGUCUUCCAGUCGCCAACAGAUCGACUCCGUCAUCGACGAUGACGAUGAGUUCUGCCCCCUUUGCAUCGAAGAGUUCGACCUUUCGGAUAAGAACUUUAAGCCAUGUCCCUGUGGGUAUCAGAUCUGCCAAUUCUGUUACAACAACAUCAAAACCCACAGCGAAGAAGGCCGAUGCCCGAACUGCCGCCGUCCUUACGAUGAGAGCACCAUUCAAUACAAGAUCCCUGAUGCGGAAGAAUUCAAGGCAGACUUGGCACUGAAGCAUAGGAAGGCCGCCGCAGCUAAGAAAAAGGAAGCCGAAAAGCGCGAAAUCGAAGCUUCCAGCCGAAAGAAUUUAGCAGGCGUCCGUGUCGUCCAAAAGAACUUGGUAUACGUCAUCGGCCUGAACCCGACGAUUCGCGACGAGAACCAGCUGCUACAGACACUCCGUGGGCGAGAAUACUUUGGUCAAUAUGGCGAUAUUGAGAAAAUCGUGGUCAGCAAGGCUAAGCCCGGCGGCAAUCCUCAUCAGGGAAUCGGUGUCUAUGUCACCUUUUCUCGGAAGAUUGAUGCUGCUACUUGCAUUGCUGCUGUAGAUGGUUCCGCAAAUGGUGACCGUGUUCUAAGGGCUCAAUAUGGGACAACCAAAUAUUGCUCAUCCUUCCUUCGCAACGAGCAGUGCAACAACCGCAACUGUACCUUUUUGCACGAGACAGGAGAAGACAGUGAAAGCUACAGUCGUUCGGAUCUUUCGUCUAUGAACACACUGUCCAGCCAGCGGCCAAGCCACCCCCAACCCACUCCUCAUGUUCGCCCGAGCCAGCCUAUUACGCACACAAUGCGUCGACAACCCAGCAAAGACGACUCGAUUAGUGGGCGAUCGGGACCACCAGACGGACCCGCGCUUCCAUCGUCUGCUAGCUGGGCAAACAAGGACGCCACCAUUCGUACUAGACGAGCCAGCUUGACUGGUAGCCAGGCUUCUCAGAGCCCGCGACCUGCGAGUGUUACCGUUGCUACACCAGUCGAGGAACCCAAGCGGGUCGAGAGACCGUCUCCUGUUGCUCAGGAAGCGCAGCGGAUCUCUCAACCUGUUUCACGAUCUCCAACUGUCCAACCCCCGGUCCAGCACGCUCAGCCACCAACCCCCGAGCCACCAGCGCCAACACCAUUCGACAACCUCGUGAAAGAUUUAAUGAAUCCCAAUUUCAAGUUCAUAUUCUCCACUGCCGAUCUGCCAGACGACGAGGUCAAGGCGAUUCAGUCCUAUCCAUCGUUCAUUGAUCCGUACGGCGGUGUCAAGCGUCGGGCGAUGCGAGAGAAGGCUGAACAGGACCGUCUCAAGCGUGAACAAGAGCUGAUUCAGUCUGCUACUGUCGAGGAGGAGAGUCGUGAGGCUGGCAGCCUGCAACUUGGUGGCGAGCCGGAGGAGUCUAAUCAACCGCGUGGUCCUCAGCAGUCUCGUGAAACUCACGGCGCCAUUCAACCACCUUCCCAGCAAGGCACUGCUGACAACUCCACAGUUGGCUCCCCAGUGUCUGCGUCGAGUCACCACUUCCAAGGGUUAAAUUUGGCAGGCAGAAGCUUGACACCCUUGCAGCAGCAACAGUUGAUGCUACUCAAGUCAGCUGGUAACCAGCAAGCUGGUCUUGCCGAGCAUCUGAGCUCCGCUGCUCUGGACCAAGCCACCCAGCUCCGCCAAGGCUUGUUGCACAAUCAGAUGGCACAAUUCAAUGCGCUACAGGGCCAAAGCCGCCAAUCAUCACGGUUCACCUUCGCGAACGAUGUUGGUUCUAAGAAUAUCAGCAACGCACGCAUGUUGAGUCAGAUGCAGGCUGGGACUCCCAACCCAUUGUCCGCCCCUAGCCCCCAGCAUGCUCUUGCCGGUGGAUUCUAUGCAAGUGGUGUGCAGGGCCCUCCCCCGGGCUUGAAGACGGCUGGAACUCCUCCGAUCAGCGGUGGUGGUAUGUUUGCACAGGGUCAUGGGUUUACUGCGAAUGCCAAUAUUGGACUGGGAUCCAACGUGGGAAAACAAGAUGCGACACCUGAGUUGAUGCGUGAAUUACUUCGUGGCCGAGGCGGCACGAACAUUGGUGGUGUACAGGGCCAGGAGGCCGCAAAGCGUGAGUUCAUGUUUCCUUUUCUUCAACAGCACCCAACCCCACCUCCCUUGACUCCCGUCAACGGCCUUCUCAGCUCUUUCUAUGGGUCCCAGACAGGUUCCGUACUUGACUCUGGUGGCGCGCAGAAGCAGAAGAAGAAGGGGAAGAAGCAGAGACACGCUAACACUUCCUCCGGUGGAGGCGGUGUAGUAGAUCUUGCGGACCCGAGCAUUUUGCAGGCGAGGAUGCAUCAGGUCGGUGCCAAUGCUACUGCUGGGCAGGCGUUGUACGGGAGCCAGGGUCAAGUGAACGAAGAUUUCCCUCCAUUAGGUGGACAACUGAAAGAUGCUCAACCCGUUGAUACUUUCGGAUUUCUCAAGUCCCAGCUACCCAAUGAUUCUGCUGGGCGUGUUGGGACCCCGUCUCUGCCUCCAGGGCUCCCGCUGCCACAAUCCCAUCCAGCCUCCGCAGUGUUUCAAGACCAAUUAAGCCUGUCGAAACCAUCGUCCCCGGCGCCGAGUGUGCCUCCCGGCUUGGAUGUGAAUAUCUCCCGGGGUGGUACCCCGUCUCAGAAGAGCCCAUCAACUGGACCUUCAGCCCUGACACCCGAGCUUCCUUCUCGCACGAUCACCGCGUCUGCUCGCGCCAAGGAUGUGUCUCAGAUCUCCCUGGGUUCUCCUGUGCCCAAGUCCGCGAACAAAUCUCGAAUUAUGACCAAGCUAGACUUGUCUACGCUGGACACCAAGCCAGUUCCCGCGAAAGCUGGUCAAAGCCCUCCCAUUGGCACUAAAACAAGCCCGAUUUCUUUGAAUUUGAAUUUGAAUUUGAAUUUGAAUUUGAAUGGCCAAGAAACUGCAUCGGCCAAGUCUGAGCGAGUCCUGUCUGGUACCCCGAUGUCUGGACCUGGGUCUGUUUCUGCAAUUGGAUCGCGCCCUAAUACCCCCUUGACCACUGUCUCUCGUGUCUCGGACUCAUCCGUUCUCCGUCAGCCACGCAUUCUGCGUGUGGUAGACACUCCAAAGACCGAGGUUCCCCCUCCGAGUAUAAACGGGCCGUCCGCGUCCGUGUCUACCGCCAAGUCUGGCAAACCCCAAUCCCGGAGACAGAGCAUUUCAUCCAGUAGCCGGCCAGAUACACCUGGAGAUUUUGGCUCUGAGACUGAUCUUUUCCCCUCGGCCUCCGUGUCUCGUGCCAGCUCUCCGCCAGCUGCAUCGCGCAUUGGUUCCGCCCCUGUUCGAUCCAUCACGAAAAGUCAACUGAAAAAGGAAAGACGACAGAAGGCGAAGGAAGCCGAGGCCAAGCAAGUGGAGUCUGUAGCUCCUGAAGAGCCUGUCCAAGCCCCUAUCCUUGGGCGCAAGCGUAAGACCAAGAAGGCACCCACCACGGCUACAUCCUCUGCGGAUACUGCCCCUACACCUAUGCCUGAGCCUGCAAUCCCUGUCAAAACUCCUGCUUCAUCUCCGAAGAAGGUGGAUCCAAAGCCUGAACCUGCCAAGAAAGUGAAGGAAAAGGAGCGGCAGCCUGUUCAAGAGGUCAAGCCGGCUCCUCUGGUAGAGCAGCCCGCACCACCUCAAGCUCCUCCGGAGCCCUGGCGCUCUCACAACACGGUAGAGCAACUCAUCAAAGAUGCUGAAGAGUCCGGUCGUCCAAUCAAGGACCUCUUUGUGGAAAGAACCAAGUCUCUUCACGAAGUGCUCGCCGAGAUGCACAAGUCCGGUGAGCUGGACUUGAACAAAAGCUCGUUGUUUAACCCGGCCAACCUCGGGCAGCGUACUGAUAUGAAGGGCGUUGAUUCCGAUUACUUCUUGCUCAAGCAACCCCUGGAGCUCUUUGAGUCGCAUCGCCGUGCUCUUAUGCGCGGUCAGCCAGUGCGAAUUGACGCCGAGCAGCUCUCAGAUCGUUGUUUGAUCACCCCACGUGGCUGCGUGCUUCGUCACCUCUCAGCCGAGGAAGAGGAUCGAUAUCUGGAGCUGGAGAAGCAGCGAGGUGGGGCCAUGGAUCCCUUUGUGGUCGGCGACGAUUCGAGCAACAUCAAUGGUGGACUGGAUGCCCUCUUCGCGACACCCGAGAAGUACAAUAUCUGCUGGGUAGACGACAACUCCACCCACAUGGGCUCCACUUCCCCCGCUGGUACCGUGAAUGGUGCUGACUCGGUCAUUCCUCCUAACGUUCUGUCGGCUAUGGAAGCAGACAGCGAGCGCAGUCACGAUUGGGCCGUUGCCCAUUCUGCUGAGCUCCUUCAGACCACUACUGCUGCUGUUCGUUCCUUUGCUGCCGCGACUGCCAAGCAGAUGCUGGGCUCUGCUGGUGUACCUGGAGCCAAUCCCAGCCUCGACGACGUUGCCGCCAUGACCAAUGAAGAGCUCAAGGAACUCGCUGGUCAAUCUCAGAAGGAAUUGGAGAGCAAUCGCAAGGAGUUGGAUAUGCUGGACAAGAAGCUUGCUGCUCUGCUUCGUCGAAACAAGAAAAUCCAACUGGCCGCUCUGGCUCUCGCGGAGGAGGCGUGA